GAUCUGACAGCAAAGGCCACUGACAGUCAGUCAGCCUUUGACGAGCUUCUGAACACCUGCUCUGCACCUGAAGAUAUCUGAAGACUUGAAGAUGAAACUCUGCUGUGUUGUGGCUGUUGCUGUCCUUGUUGUGGCACUCUGCUCCCAGGCACAGAGCCAGAAUUCUAUCAUGGGACCGGAUGAAUGCUGUUUUAAAUAUUACACGAAGGGGAUCCCUGUGAAACAAGUUAAAUCCUAUAAAACCACCAACCCCAACUGCCCUACAAAGGGGGUGAUCUUCAUCACUGUGAAGGACAAAAGGGUGUGUGCCAACCCAGAGGUCAAGCAGGUCCAGGACAUUAUGGAGAAGGUGGACAAGCUGUGGGAUCCUGAACCCACCCCCAGUUCUCGUUAACAGGUGACCACCAGCGAGGUCCACCAGCACAAGCUCGAAAGAGUUACAAUGGAAGUAACAUCCUGUUAUUCCAUAGCUUUUGCACAGAAAUAUUCUGUAAUUUCUCCAUUGAACUUCCCUCAGCGCAGUCCUUCAAGAUAAAAUCUGCAGACAAAUAAGCUUGGAUAAACCUAAGAAUUCCUCAUCUGUGUAUUAAUCUGAACAGAUGUUAAUAAAGCUAUUUUGCUAAGUA